AUGGCUGCGUUGCCUGAUCUGUACGAUGUAUAUGAUAAACUGCGUCUGUCAAGGACAGACAAGCCAGACGCUGAGAAGACUCCCGAAGCCUUCAAUGGCCGGUUCUUCGAUGUCACGGAGGCGUGGCUGUCCGAAGAUGAGCCUGGCGAGGCCUAUCCAACGGGAGCGACUACGUCCUCCAGUUCAAUAUCAGACCGGCGAUUUGGCGACUUCUCCUUGAUCCUUCGCAGGAUCAUCGUUCCUCAGCGGAAGCCUCAGCUGCAGCUCGAAAUUCAACCCAUCUCCCUCCGCUCCGAGUUCCGACGAGCUGCUUCUCACUUGAGUAAUGCCAUAAACCUGAAUGGUAACCCGAUUGUCAUUCCCGCUCCAUAUUCAGCGCUAUAUCACGCUCGGGAUGAGCUGCAGACGGUCAUCCAGCGAGCUGGUUCCGACCCUUUACGGCAGGAACUUCUUCUUCUCCAAUGGUUCCAAGACGAGCAUAUGGCACGAGCAACGAAAGAGAUUCAAAGUUCUUUGGACGUCGGAAAGAUAAGCUUUGACUGUCUCUGGGCACUGUUCAAGCCCGGGGAACUGCUUUUAUUGACAAUUGAGGCCCCCAUGGCUGAUAGGCGGUCCAUUUUCUCCUGCGGUGUUUGCCUGCAAUACACCACAUAUGAGCGUGAAGGACUAUGGGGAGUCCAAAUUCGCCAUAUGGCUGUCGGUGAUGGUGUUGUCGGGACUACGGACGUUCAAUACACGUUCCCCAUUUUCGUGGGUUACAAACCCAUCGACUCCUUGCCUCUAUAUCCACUCCGAUAUUGCAAGGAUGAGGCGCACAUCCGCAAAGAACUAGCAGAGCGUGGAAGGAAAUAUCUACGACUUUGCUUCUCGGACCAUGCUAGUCCUACCAGGACAUCGCCUGUCAUCCAACAGUAUGCCGGACCUGUCUGGACGCAGGCCAAACAACGAUCCACAAAAGGAUGUUCCCUCUACGACCCUCCCACAACCACGAUCCAUGGCCGUGUAAUCAUUGACCUCGCUGGGUUCGUCAAUGAAAAUUCCGUGUUCCAGACCAAAAUCAUCUCGUCCAACCUACGGGGAUCUGGUAAAAUAAACACCUACGACUCCAGCGACUACGAUACCGAGCACUCAGCUAGCCACGUUGUUAGUCAACAGCCCCGUGGCACAACCGCUGGAGAGCAGGUCAACAAUAUAGAUCACCUUGACUCCGAGGCAUUAAUGGCAUUUCCAGCAAGAAUCCCAGGCUACUCUCUAGUGACCAAAACGGUGGGCUUCCUAGCUGUUGAUGGGAUUGGCCCGGUAGCCUGGGAAACUGAAACCGUAAAUGACCUGAUGCAGAGAAACCGGCGUAUGAAGCAGGUGCACGAUAUUGUCGCUGGGUUUACCUACCGAGCAUAUAGCUUUGGCUAUUCUAUCGCCGAAAAAGGGCGAGGCCUGGUUUUCCUGUUCUACGGACCUUCUGGAGGGGGCAAAACUUUGACUUCGGAGUGCGUGGCGGAGUCCCUGGCUCGGCCUCUGUAUCGCGUUAAUGGAUCCGACCUUGGAUCCAACACCGAUGAGAUAGAGACCAACCUGCAGCUCGUGUUUGAUAGAGUCGCUAGAUGGGAGGCCAUCCUUUUGCUGGAUGAGGCAGAUGCCUACAUGGCCGAAAGAAAAGACGACAGUCUGGAAAGGAAUACACUGGUGUCAAUCCUUCUACGGCUGCUCGAACACCAGUCAGCAAUAGUCGUGUUGACUACCAAUCGUUAUCGCAGCUUCGAUCCAGCAUUUCACUCUCGUGUUCACGUCAGAAUCCAAUUCCCAGGCUUGACAGCUGACGAGAGAAAGGCCGUCUGGCGGACUUCAUUGACUAAAGCGGCAGCCAGCACGCAACACGCAGUUGAGAUAUCCGACAAAGAUUAUGAGCGCCUUGGAGCCUUGGAACUUGAUGGUCGUAGCAUUCAUAACGCCGUACGUGUUGCAGAACUGUCAACUAGACAUAAAGAUGGCGGAAUAACGCUUGGGGAUAUCAAGUCAGUCUUGGAGAUCUCUUUGGAUACAGUCACUGAGACGUUGAGGGGCCAGCUUGAAGAGCUGUGUACCGUAUAA